AUGACAAACGACGGAUCUUCAUUACUUCCAAGUCUUGAUUCAUUUCAAAUUCAUAUCCCAUUAACAUCAACACCUAAACGAAUGAGCAAAUCGUCGAAUUGUCAGCCAUUAUCUUCAACUUUAUCAAUGUCAAAUAUAUCCUAUAAACAAUUCGAAUUAUCAAUUUCAGCAAUUACAUCGAAUCAAAAGUCGCCGACAGUAACCUACGAAAAACAAACUCGGAUACAUCAUCAUCGACGAAGUCACAUUCAUCCAUCAACGAUUAUCAAACGUAUUGAAUUGAAAUAUUUACUAUAUUCAUCAAGAGCAAUGAAACACAACAAACAACGGCAAUACCUCGAUGCGGAUAUGAAAGUGUAUGUUGUAUAG